AUGGGCUCGGGGCUCGGGCGGGCGGCAGUGUGCUGUGUGCUUCAGGUCUUCAAGAACCCCAAGUUCAACAUGCUGACCAUCCAUGACGACAUCACCCUGAUCAAACUGGCCACUCCAGCACAGCUGUCGGAUCGCGUGUCCCCCGUCUGCCUGCCCAAGGCCACUGACGAUUUCCCAGGGGGAAUGACCUGCGUCACCACUGGCUGGGGGCUCACUGACUCCAGCGCCUCGCACACGCCAGCGGUGCUGCAGCAGGUGGCUCUGCCCUUGCUCACCAACGCCCAGUGCAAGGAGUUCUGGGGCUUCCGCAUCCGCGACGUGAUGGUCUGUGCCGGUGCCGACGGAGCCUCUUCCUGCAUGGGAGACUCCGGGGGCCCGCUGGUGUGCCAGAAGGACGGCGCCUGGAACCUGGUGGGCAUCGUCUCCUGGGGCAGCAGCACCUGCGACACCAAGUCGCCCACCGUGUACGCCCGCGUCACCAAGCUUCGCGGCUGGAUCGACUCCAUCCUGGAGGCCAACUGAGGCCUGCAAUAAACUCUGCAAUAAUCCCCUGAGCACACUGUGUCAUUGUCACCGUGCCAGGAGCAAUAGGAGUGCGGCACGGGGCAGGCGGGUGGCCGGGGGUCUGAGGAUAGG